ACCAUGUGACACACCAAACCUACAGUGACAGAUUGAGAGGUUGUGUCCUGUGACUGUGUGUUUGUGCUCUGUGACAAGUUAUGCGGAACUUUACCACCACCUCCUCCUCCUCCUCCUCCGCCGCCGCAUGUCGGUGUUGUGACUUCCUAUUUACUGAAACUUCUUGACACAGGUUGACAAAGAGACCGCACGUCGCGUUAGUUUAGGGCUGACAGUAAAUGUCUGCGCUGCGAGGCGGGAGGCCAGCAGGUACAAGUUUCGAGUGAGGAUCAAUGCAAAAGUGCACACGAGUUGACGCCAGAUCAAAAAAAAAAAUGAAGUUUAACGGUUAUCUGAAGCUCCGGAUCGGUGAGGCGGUGGACCUGAAACCGACCACCUUCUCCCUCCGCCACGCUGUCAUCUUCAACAAAGCGGCCCCGACGCUGGACCCCUACAUCGUGGUGAAGGUGGACGACUACAAGAUCGGACAGACUCACACCAAGCAGAAAACCAACGCGCCGACGUACAACGAGGAGUUCUGCCUCAACGUGAACGACGGGAAACGGAUCGAGCUGGCGGUUUUCCACGACACUCCCAUCGGAUACGAUGACUUUGUGGCCAACUGCAACAUUCAGUUUGAGGACCUCAUGAAAACCUCCAACACAGGGGAGAUUUUCGAGGGAUGGAUGGACUUGGAGCCAGAGGGCAAGGUCUACGUCCUUAUUACACUCACUGGAUCUUUCACUGAUGACGAUGCCAUAGUGAAAGGGAAGUCUUACAAGCAGUUUACAAGGAAGCGGCAGGGGGCCGUGAGGCGGAGGAUCCACCAGGUCAACGGACACAAGUUCAUGUCCACUUUCCUCCGCCAGCCGACCUUCUGUUUUCACUGCAAAGAGUUCAUCUGGGGUGUUUUUGGAAAGCAGGGUUACCAGUGCCAAGUGUGUGCCUGUGUGGUUCACAAACGAUGCCACCAGCAGGUCGUCACAGUGUGUCCACGCAUGAAGAAGCCAGCAAAAGAAGAGCCCAUAAACCAAGGCUUUAGUAUCAACGUCCCUCACAAGUUCAACAUCCACAACUACAAGUCGCCCACUUUCUGUGACCACUGUGGCUCACUGCUGUGGGGAAUAGUCAGGCAAGGGCUGCACUGUAAAAUCUGUAAAAUGAAUGUUCACAUCCGCUGCAAAGGCAAUGUAGCACCAAACUGUGGCGUCAACAGUGUGGAACUGGCCAGUAAGCUUGCAGAGAUGGGUCUGCAGGCCGGAGGAAUUGCUAAACGCAACUCACUGGUCAAAGGUGCAGGUCAGAUGCAGCUGCCCUCUGAAAGGAGGGAGAGUAAAAAAACUCAGCAGCAGACCCCUUGGCUGGGCAUUUCAGAAUUCACGUUCCUUCAAGUGCUUGGCAAGGGCAGCUUUGGCAAGGUGAUGCUGGUGAGACUUAACAGCAAAGACCAGGUUUUUGCUGUGAAGGUGUUGAAAAAGGACAUAAUUUUGCAGGAUGAUGAUGUGGAGUGUACCAUGACAGAAAAGAGGGUGCUGUCACUGGCUCGCUGUCACCCCUACCUCACACAGUUGUACUGCUGCUUCCAGACACCGGACCGUCUCUUCUUUGUGAUGGAAUUCGUGAAUGGUGGUGAUCUUAUGUUUCACAUCCAGAAGUCCCGGAAGUUUGAAGAGCCUAGGGCACGUUUCUACACGGCAGAGAUCACCUCCGCUCUCAUGUUCCUGCACAGCAGAGGCAUAAUCUACAGGGACCUAAAAUUGGACAACGUUCUUCUUGACAAAGAAGGACACUGUAAACUGGCAGAUUUUGGCAUGUGCAAAGAAGGCAUAUUCGAAGGUGUGGCCACAGGAACUUUCUGUGGGACCCCGGAUUACAUUGCCCCCGAGAUCCUCCAGGAGAUGCUGUAUGGCCCCUCUGUUGAUUGGUGGGCUCUCGGGGUGCUACUCUAUGAGAUGCUGUCAGGACACGCCCCCUUUGAGGCUGAAAAUGAAGAUGACCUCUUUGAAUCCAUCCUAAAUGAAGAAAUUGUUUAUGCAUCUUGGCUUAGCACAGAAGCAGUGAACAUACUCAAAGCUUUCUUGACCAAAAACCCAGCCCGGCGUCUGGGUUGUGUGGCCUCAGAGGGGGGAGAGAGUGCUGUGACCAGCCAUGCGUUCUUCGCUGACAUCGAUUGGGAGAAGCUGAAUAAUAGAGAAAUAGAGCCACCUUUCAGGCCCAGGAUCAAAACACCAGAGGACGUCAACAACUUUGACCCAGAUUUUACUCAGGAAGAACCCACACUCACGCCCAUCGAUCACCCUCCGAUACCUUCCAUCAACCAAGAGGAGUUUCGUGACUUCUCCUUCACCUCACCUGAGCUACUGGAGAGCCUCAGAAAGACUCCACAUUGAUCCACCAGUCAUCGUGCACUUGUCUCACUCUU